GCGCGCUAUAAAUGUGUCGCACGCAGCCGUGCUUCUCACUUCCCUCCGGGGUUGAUUCCGCAGCCGUUCCGUGGGUGCAGGAGGAGACACUGCUGUCGCCAUGCCCGAGCCGGCCAAGUCCGCCCCCGCACCCAAGAAGGGCUCCAAGAAGGCGGUGACCAAGACGCAGAAGAAGGGCGACAAGAAGCGCAAGAAGAGCCGCAAGGAGAGCUACUCCAUCUACGUCUACAAGGUGCUGAAGCAGGUGCACCCCGACACGGGCAUCUCGUCCAAGGCCAUGGGCAUCAUGAACUCCUUCGUCAACGACAUCUUCGAGCGCAUCGCGGGCGAGGCCUCGCGCCUGGCGCACUACAACAAGCGCUCCACCAUCACCUCGCGCGAGAUCCAGACGGCCGUGCGCCUGCUGCUGCCCGGCGAGCUGGCCAAGCACGCCGUGUCCGAGGGCACCAAGGCUGUCACCAAGUACACCAGCUCCAAGUAAAUACUCAGCUGAAAUAUUCCUUAACCCAAAGGCUCUUUUAAGAGCCACCCACUUAUUCAAUAAAAGAGCUGAACAGUCAAGUAAGAAACA